AUGCGACCGGCUCGAGACUGCGCCUCAGGUGCGAGUCGCCCGCGGCUUCCCGCUGACUUGGCGCUGAGCGCUCCGGCCCGCCUGCCCUUCCCGCCCGCCCCGCUGGCCCACCGGCCCCCAGGCGCCCCUCCGACGGAGUCCCCUGGCCUUUUCACCGUGGCCGCUCCAGCCCCGGGAGCGCCUUCUCCUCCCGCCACGCUGGCGCACCUUCUUCCCGCCCCAGCCAUGUACAGCUUGCUGGAGACGGAGCUCAAGAACCCGGUGGGGCCGCCCGCCGCAGCGGCGGGAACCGGAGGCCCCGCAGCCCCCGGCGGUUCAGGCAAGAGCAGCGCGAACGCAGGCGGCGGCGCGAACGCGGGCGGCGGCGGGAGCGGCGGCGCGAGCGGCGGGGGCGGGGGCAACGAGCAGGACCGGGUGAAGCGACCCAUGAACGCCUUCAUGGUCUGGUCCCGCGGGCAGCGGCGCAAGAUGGCCCUGGAGAACCCCAAGAUGCACAACUCGGAGAUCAGCAAACGCUUGGGCGCCGACUGGAAACUGCUGACCGACGCCGAGAAGCGGCCGUUCAUCGACGAGGCCAAGCGACUCCGCGCCGUGCACAUGAAGGAGUACCCGGACUACAAGUACCGGCCGCGCCGCAAGACCAAGACGCUGCUCAAGAAGGACAAGUACUCGCUGCCAGGCGGCCUGCUGCCCCCCGGCGCCGCCGCCGCCGCCGCCGCCGCCGCCGCCGCCGCCGCCGCCGCCGCCGCCGCCGCCGCCGCGGCCGCCGCCGCCGCCGCCGCCAGCAGCCCUGUGGGCGUGGGCCAGCGCCUGGACACGUACACGCACGUGAACGGCUGGGCCAACGGCGCGUACUCGCUGGUGCAGGAGCAGCUGGGCUACGCGCAGCCCCCGAGCAUGAGCAGCCCGCCGCCGCCGCCCGCGCUGCCGCAGAUGCACCGCUACGACAUGGCCGGCCUGCAGUACAGCCCCAUGAUGCCACCCGGCGCCCAGAGCUACAUGAACGCCGCGGCCGCCGCCGCCGCCGCCUCGGGCUACGGGGGCAUGGCGCCCUCGGCCGCCGCCGCCGCGGCCGCCGCCUACGGGCAGCAGCCUGCCACCGCCGCCGCCGCUGCGGCCGCGGCCGCCGCCAUGAGCCUGGGCCCCAUGGGCUCGGUGGUGAAGUCGGAGCCCAGCUCGCCGCCGCCCGCCAUCGCGUCGCACUCGCAGCGCGCGUGCCUCGGCGACCUGCGCGACAUGAUCAGCAUGUACCUGCCGCCCGGCGGGGACGCGGCCGACGCCGCCUCGCCGCUGCCCGGUGGCCGCCUGCACGGCGUGCACCAGCACUACCAGGGCGCCGGGACUUCGGUCAACGGAACGGUGCCGCUGACCCACAUCUGAGCCCCGGCCUGCGCUCGUCGCCGUCGCCCUCCGCCCCCACCCUGCCCCGCACCCCAAGUUGGGACGCCUUGUUGUUUAGCUUUGCUUGCCUGGGACUGUUGCCUUGUACCGAAGAUGGGGAGGACAGAAAGUUUGGCUGUAGCUGUCGGGGUUUUGUACAAAAGCAAAAAGAAGUCCGGAGCAGCGGAAAUGGGACUUUCUAGAGCUGCCUGCCCCUCGCCGCCGCCCCUCCCUCCCCCUCUGUAGGCUGGGAAUCGCUGCGAGGUUUGCGAAGAAAAAGCAGCCCCCCUCCUCCUCCCGGGUUCUUCAAUUGCAUUUGAAAAUGUUGUCUCGUUAGUUUGCUGUUAAGGGAGGAGUAAGUGGAUGGGAGAAAGCAGACUCUCGGGUGAGGCUGGCCUGGAAACUGCGACACCCCUGCCCCCAGUCGCGUCGCAUCUGUUUUCCUCAUGCUGUUUUGGGGGGCUGACCGCGCCGAGAGGCGCGACAGCUAAAGCCAAUGUUAAUUUAUAGCCAGGUGUGCGUGUGUCUCCCGCCUCGCCGCCCCUGGCCGCGGGACAGCUUCUGUCCAGUCAGCUUUUAGGCUGUCGAGUUGGUGAUUUUUUGCCGUGAUUUGUUUGCUAUUUCGUCACGCUAAUGUGUUCGGGGCUAUUUUGUUUCAGGUUUUUCAAGAUUUUACUCUUAAUUCCCAAAUGAGAGAUCAAUAAAUUUUAUA